AUCCAUCAGAUUAUGUCAUAAAUUUGACAAUUUCAAAUUAAAUGCUAAUUCACAUUUUUGAGGGUUUUAUUUUCGAUUUAUCCGAAAUUUCGCAGAUGGAGAACUUGAAAGCCGAUUUCGAUUAUGAGGAAAUAUUUAGUUGGGUAGAUAGCCAUAACAUAACAAGACAAAAGAGAAAUGUUCAUCGAGAUUUUUCCGAUGCAGUGCCCUUGGCGGAAAUUUUAAAACAGCAUUACCCAAAAUUGGUAGAUCUGCACAAUUACACGCCAACGAACAGCUACACCGGCAAGGUAACGAAUUGGGAGACCCUGAACAGGAAAGUUUUGAGCAAAAUCCGCAUGCCUUUAUCGAAAGAAAAAAUGCAAAACCUUGCCAAGUCCAAACAGGGCGUAAUUGAGAACGUUUUGCACGAGAUAAAACUAAAGAUCGAAUCUAAAGCUGCCGGGGAUCAGAAAGGGGAGGGUUAUUAUGAUAACUCUGGAUCAGAAGGUGAGAUAAAAAAAGACAGUGCGAAACGAAAACCAGGAUUCAAAACAAUUCCAAUUCCAGAAUAUGAAAAAUUAGAGAAAGAUUUGCAAGAAAAAGAAGAUACUAUUCAAACGCUCCAGCAGAAGCUUGAGCAUCUGGAGAGCUUGGUGAAGAUAAAAGAUGAAAGAAUAAACGAUCUGACAAGACAAUUGGAGAGUUACUCGAACGAGGACAUGGCAUGUUCAUCUCCAAGAACAAGAUUUUUCACGAGAAUGUUCUGAGUAAAUUAUUCUAAUAAAUUCGAGAGUAUAUUCCAUUAA